CCGCAAACCAAUUCCCCGAAAACGGAAGCGACGGCGAACCAAAUCGAAACCAUCUCCCCUCGAAAAAACGGCAGCAGCAAGGGCCCCCAAACCCAAGCGCGGCCGCGGACUCAAUCCCCAAUCCCAGUCCCAACCCGGAGCGAGAUCCAGGGAGCAGCCGCAUUGCAGCGGAUCGAGGCGAUGGCGCCGCAGCAGACCGGCGCGCCCGGCUCGGCGGCGGCGGCGGGCGGCGCGGCGGCCGUCAAGCCGCAGUUCCACCACUACCACCACCACCGCCUGCCCCCGCGCCACCACCACCCCUCGCCGACCUCGCUCCUCUCCAAGCUUGCCUUCUGGUCCGUCUGCUCCGUCUCGCUCCUCCUCGCCUUCCUCCUCCUCUCCCCCUCCGCCGCCCCGGCCCCGCGCGCCGCUCUCGAGUCCCCGCGCCGCUCGCUCCAUGCCUCCCCGUCGUCCACUGCCUCCUGGGGCGGCGCCGCCUGGGAGAAGAAGGUGCGGGCCUCGGCGCGCGUGAGGCGCGGGCGGGGCCACUCCGUCCUCGUCACGGGCGCCGCGGGGUUCGUCGGCUUCCACGCGGCCGCCGCGCUGCGCCGCCGCGGGGACGGCGUGCUCGGGCUCGACAACUUCAACGACUACUACGACCCCGCACUCAAGCGUGGGCGCGCCGCUCUCCUCGCGCGCUCCGGAGUCUACGUCGUCGACGGCGACAUCGCGGACGCCGAACUCCUCGCCAAGCUCUUCGACGUCGUGCCGUUCACGCACGUACUCCACCUCGCCGCGCAGGCGGGCGUGAGGCACGCACUCGUUGACCCGAUGUCCUACGUGCGCGCCAACGUCGCCGGUCUCGUCGCGCUGCUCGAGGCGGCGCGCGCCGCCAACCCUCAGCCGGCAAUUGUCUGGGCGUCGUCAUCUUCAGUGUACGGGCUCAAUUCCCAUGUGCCUUUCUCCGAGCAUGACAGGACGGAUCGACCAGCCUCUCUCUAUGCAGCCACCAAGAAGGCCGGUGAGGAGAUCGCUCAUGUCUACAACCACAUCUAUGGGCUCUCACUCACCGCUCUUCGGUUCUUCACUGUGUAUGGGCCGUGGGGGCGCCCCGACAUGGCAUACUUCUUCUUCACCCGGGAUAUCCUUGCUGGGGUGCCAAUUACGGUGUAUGAGAGUGCGGGAGGCACACACCAGACUACCAUUUCCCGGGAUUUCACCUACAUUGAUGACGUUGUGAAGGGGUGUGUAGCGGCACUGGAUACAGCUGGUCGGAGCACAGGCAGUGGAGGCAAGAAGCGAGGGCCGGCACCAUUCAGGACAUACAAUUUGGGGAACACUUCUCCUGUGCCCGUGACACAGCUAGUCGAUUUGCUGGAGAGGUUGCUAAAGGUGAAGGCUGUGAGGAAGGUCGUCAAGAUGCCAAGGAACGGGGAUGUGCCGUAUACACAUGCGAAUGUCAGCCUUGCACAGCGGGAGCUUAGAUACCGCCCGUCCAUAGAUCUCCAAACAGGGCUCAAGAAGUUUGUGCGGUGGUAUCUUGAGUACUACCAUCCUGAAUUGGCUGAGAAGCAGAAACAGCGUGGCAGUAGCAAUGGCAAGGGUUCAGGCGGUCAGAACGGCAGCUCGAGCAGCGCAAGAUGACUGGGUAUUCAGUUUCUUUGCGACCCUCUUCUGACGGUGCGUAUGAGACAUGAGAGUCCUACUUCCAGUGCUUAAUUCAUCAGAUUGAGAGGCUCAUUUUGCCCAGCAAGUUCUUAAAGCAGAAAAGAAGUUAAGAAACAGUCAUUACUCAUCAUUAGGUAGUUAUAAUUCAAAAAGCUGUUGCCUCUCUUUGCUACCUCAGAGAACUUACUUCCUAGAUUUUGAGAAGCUGAGGCAUUGCCGGCUGGGGGGACAAUUGAGCUGGGCAUUCAAUUCCUAGUUCCAUUAGUUGGUUCUUAGGAUCACAUUGUUUGGAAGAUUUUUCGUGGGUUUUGGGGGCAUGCAUUCCGUUGCAAAGGCUACGAUAGAUUCUGUUAGUGACAUUUUGUACCACGGGAGAGAACUAAGUAUAUCAUGACUGUUUCUUUUGUUCAAUUGAAGUAGCCAUGAUCAACAAUUUAUAUCUGUACCCUGUUUCGCUGCUAAGCAUGCUCCUUUUCUGUAUGGUGGUGCAUACGCAGAGCAGCUGUGUUGCACACUUGUUUUCACCAUGUGAAACUUAAAAUUAGUGUAUCCUUUGUGGUGAAAAUUGACGUUACAAAG